CGGGGACGUAGGGCCACCGUAUGCAUGUAUGUAAUCCGUACAUACAGUAACAUCCGUACAGUAACUUCAGUUUUGCGCGUGGGGGUUCUGUUCAACCUUUGGAAAUUGAGUAGCAUCGUAUUCCAAAUAUGCAUCACCAAUAUGCGGAGCAAACCUCCUUGGAAUGACUCCUCAUGGACAGAAAUGUCAGGACAGGCGUGUGUUGAACCCUUUUUAUUGGUUUCCUGCAAGUUUGCAACAGCAUCGCUUGGCUUUAUCGAAGAUCUUAUUACCAAGCCCACCAUUGAGAUCAUGAUGUCGGCGUCCCCAACCGAUCUCCAGAAACCAAGAAAAAGCCAAGUCGGCCGUUUUCUGCGAGUAGCAAAGAUCCGCAUUGCCUGCAAUCUGGCAAAGUCGUUGAACUCUGGCGUUAAGAGACGGAACGGCGAGACGCAGCGGGACAGAGGGAGAACACCCCGAUUUGCUGACCCGGUACAUGUCGGGAAGGCCAGCGAACGGGGGCUCUUCGGGUUCUGACUGCAUCGGGGAUAUUCCCACAGUACGGAGUAUCAGAAAGAGAC